GCACACGCCAAGACACACUCACACAACUCUUACCUCUGUCCUUUUGACACAAUAAGUAGCACCCUUAACUAACCAUAGCAUGCUAUACCACAUUUUUAGCACCUCAACAUCAUGAAUAGCUUAACAAAUUUUACUGGUUCCCCCUCUCUGGAAAACUCCGGGAUGCCUAUUUUCGGAGAAAGGCGGUUCUUCUUGCCUGAUAUCCAAUUGCUGGAGCUUCUUAUGGCCUUUCUGGUUUUCGUGGUAAUUUAUGCCUUUCGACAGAAAAAACGACAAGGCCUACCUGUGUGGCCUGUCAUUGGAAUGUUGCCCUCUUUGGUUUUCGGGGUUCGGGCUAACAUGUAUGAAUGGCUCACUGAUAUACUUAUUCGUCAGAAUGGGACGUUUACGUUUCAGGGGCCCUGGUUUACUAAUCUGAAGUGUGUGGUCACUUCAGAUCCGCGGAACUUGGAGCAUCUGCUCAAGACUAAGUUUUCUAAUUAUCCCAAGGGAGAGUAUUUCCGAGAUGCUCUUUCGGACCUUCUAGGGAAUGGAAUAUUUAAUGCAGAUGACGAGAUGUGGCAGCAGCAGAGGAAGACGGCUAGCAUUGAGUUUCACUCAGCUAAAUUCCGGAAUCUGACCACAGAGUCAUUGCUCGAGCUUGUGCACGCCAGACUGCUGCCUGUAUUCGAGGAAUCGGUGCAAAACAACACUACAAUUGAUCUGCAAGACAUCCUUUUAAGACUAACAUUUGAUAAUGUUUGCAUGAUAGCUUUUGGAGUCGAUCCGGGCUGUUUACAACCUGGCUUGCCCGCGAUUGCCUUUGCUCAGGCCUUCGAAGCUGCUACUGAGGCUGCUAUAAUUAGGUUUGUUACUCCAACACUUGUGUGGAGAACAAUGAGGUAUCUCAACGUGGCGAGUGAGAAGACGCUGAAACAGUCUAUAAAAGGUGUCGACGCGUUUGCUGAAGAAGUCAUCAGGGCAAGGAAGAAGGAGCUGUCAAUAACAGAUGAUACUGACCACCAAAGAUCAGAUCUCCUCACAAUUUUUAUGAGACUCAAGGAUGAAAGAGGACAGCCCUUUUCCGACAAGUUCUUGCGUGACAUCUGUGUCAACUUUAUAUUAGCUGGAAGGGAUACCUCAUCCGUUGCAUUGACCUGGUUUUUCUGGUUACUUGAUCGGAAUCCUGAAGUCGAGGAGCAAAUUCUUUCUGAGAUAUCGCGAAUCAUAGGUGAAAGGGAAGAUGGAAAAAAAGGCAUAGAUGGAGAUGCUCUCAUAUUCAGGCCAGAGGAAGUUAAGAAAAUGGACUAUCUGCAAGCUGCUCUGUCAGAAGCUCUAAGAUUGUAUCCAUCCGUGCCAGUGGACCACAAGGAGGUUAUUAGUGAUGAUGUUUUCCCUGACGGGACAAUUCUGAAGAGCGGAACAAAAGUAAUAUACUCAAUCUACAGCAUGGGAAGGAUGGAAGGAAUAUGGGGAAAAGACUACUUGGAAUUCAAGCCUGAAAGAUGGCUCAGAGAUGGUCGCUACAUGAGCGAAUCAGCCUACAAGUUCACAGCUUUCAACGGGGGUCCUCGACUGUGCCUAGGGAGAGACUUUGCUUACUAUCAAAUGAAAUAUGCUGCAGCUUCAAUAUUAUUCAAGUAUCAAGUUAAGGUGGAGAAAAAUCAUGUUGUUGUGCCGAAGCUUGCUCUGACUAUGUACAUGAAGCAUGGCCUUAAGGUGAAGCUACACAGGCGCCACAAAUCCGAGCUUCAGAAGUGUACGAAUUAAGAUACUUGGUACAUGGUUGGCUUCAUAUAUGUUACCUUAUCUGUUCUUGUUUUCAUAUUUUUUAUCCUAGUUAUAUGAAAUGGAUUGUAUUAUAACUAAGAUGACAUAUCAGAUUGCUGGGGAAGUUGUAAACUUUGUAAUAAUGUCUAGAUGGAUUGCUUAUUUAUACUUUGAUUCAAUCA